AUGAUGAUGGACAAUGCAAAACAUCAUCAGCAACAAGUUGUUCAAUUAAAUAAUGCAAAUCCACAAAAUGUUAAUAAUAAAUCAGCAGGAGAAAUUGAAAAUUUUCUUACUAUACGUUUACUUAUGCAAGGCAAAGAAGUUGGCAGCAUCAUUGGAAAACGUGGUGAUAAUAUAAAAGCAAUUCGAGAAGAAAGUGGUGCUCGUAUUAAUAUUAGUGAUGGUACAACACCAGAACGUAUUGUUACUAUGGUUGGCACUAUAGAAACAUUAUCAAAAGCGUUCGAUAUGAUAUGUCAAAAAUUUGAAGACGAUUUAAAACAAACAUGUACAACAAUUCCUCCAAUUACAUUACGACUUGUUGUACCUGCAAGUCAAUGUGGUUCAAUUAUUGGUAAAGGUGGUGCAAAAAUAAAAGAGAUUCGUGAGACAACAGGUGCAUCAGUGCAAGUUGCAUCAGAGAUGUUACCAACAUCAACUGAACGUGCUGUUACAAUCUCAGGUAGACUUGAAUCAAUUGAAUCUUGUUUUCGACAAAUAUGUCAAAUUAUGCUUGAAUCGCCACCCAAAGGUGAAACAGUCCCGUAUAGACCUAAAAUGAUGAUAUCACCUGUUCAUGCACCAAUCAUUUUUGCUAAUGGACAAGCUUAUCAAGUUCAAGGUCAAUUUGCUAUUCCUUUACCACCAAAUGAAUUAAAUGCAUUUGGACCAAUGGCUUCUCUUGGACCUGGUUUACCUUUACAAGCUGCACCUUUAAUGCCAAAUGGUCUUCCAGCAAAUCGUGCAACAUUACAAUCACAACGUGAAAUAACGAUUGCUAAUGAUCUUAUUGGUUGUAUAAUUGGUCGUGGUGGACAAAAAAUAUCAGAAAUUAGACAAGCAUCUGGAGCUAAUAUCAAAAUAGCUGAUCUUGAUGAAGGUUCACAAGAUCGACAUGUAACAAUAUCUGGUACGCCUGAACAAAUACAAUUAGCAGAAUUUUUAAUUCAUUCAAGAAUUGCUUCCGAAAUUGGUGGGAUUUUAAUAACUCAUUGA